UGCUGCUGCUGCUGCUAUUGAUGUGGUUCGUGUUGCUGCUGCUAUUGAUAUGGUUAUUGCUGCUGCUGGUGCUGCUGCUGUUGAUGGUGUGCUGCAGCAACUGAACGAGCUGCAUGCAUCAUUAAUGCACGUAAUCUCGUGCGAUGAAGAAACCCUUGAUGCACAAGGACAGCCCCAGUGGGUCCAGAGGGGUUUAUUUUCUCAGUUGUCGGUUGUCUCCCCAAAUCGUUUGCAAGCCCCACCGCUGCAUUGCUCUUCUGCACGAGUGAAACAUGCAUUUGAAUUCCUACGCAAGAGACGCACGCAUGCAAACAGCAGCAAAAACACCAACAGCAGCAGCAGCAACAACAACAACAGCAACAGCAACAGCAGCAGCAGCAGCAGUGCGGAGUCGUCGCAGCUCCAGCAGCAAGCGGGAUCUGCACAGGCAGCAUGUAUAAAUACGAACGAGGGAGGAAGAUCUCUUCAAGGGAUUGCAGCAGCUGCAGCAGCAGCAACAACAGCGGCAGCAGCAGGAGCAGCAGCAGCAGGAGCAGCAAGCAGAAGAAAAGGCCGCUCGUACAGCGGCCUCUCUUGCCCCGCUGAAUGGGAAAGAAACGCCGUUGCGAACCCUCCAAGCCGCCCCACAGACCCUCUUUGCUGCGCCUACCACAGCGAGGAGCUGCUGCAGCAGCAGCAGCAGCUGCAGCAGCAGCAGCUGCAGCAGGAAGAGGGGGAAGCACGAGAGGCAGCCUGCGGGAGCGCUGGAGGCACACGGGACCCGCUGCAUGCGCCAUUAGAGCGCCUAUAA